AAUUUAGGAGGUUGCUCAGCCCGCGUAUUUUCCAUGCUACAUACAUGCAUAGAAGUUUGUUUUUGAAAACUUAUUUAAAUAAAAGAAAACAUUUUCGGGAGUAUAGCAUUUAAGAAGCGAUCGCUGCUAUUAUAUUGGGCAUUAAUUUCCUGUGAAAUACUUUCUUGCGUCUUGUCUAUUAGCGCGUGAUCUGGGAUAUGGAGGACAUAGAACGUUUUAUAAAAGUUGUGCAACAGAAAAGGCUCGCUAGUCAACGCGAAUUGGAGCGUCUCGACACAGAAUCUGACGAACACAAGGAGAUGAUGAAGGAAUUGCGAGAUUUGAGAAGGAAGAGGGAACAAUGCAAGGAGAACAUCACAAAACAUCUUAAUACUAUUACGUCGCACAAGCAUUCUAUACACAAGAUUGUACAUUCUACGCAGCACUCCAUCUCAGGCUUGCCUGUGCCACACAAUUAUGCACAGGACAUGACUACUAUGUUCGUUGAUGCAAUCAAAUUCUUGAAUAAUGUAGGAGAUAUUCACAAAACACUGACUAACGUCAAGGAAAAUAAUGUGGAACCUUCGAAGUUGAUUCAAGCUGUGACAACAUGUACAGAAACUGUAGAGAACAAGUUGUAUCAAACAAAACGUAGUAUUGCACAGCUGGAAACAUUGAAGGAAAAUAUAGCAGUGCUCCAACAACAUAUCUUGAACAACAGCAAUAACACUGAAGAUGGGAGUAUAAAUUUAACUAUCAAUGGCGAGUCAACAGAUAGUGGGUCAACUAUCACAUAAUAAAUAUAUCAACAUUUAUUGUCUGUUAUUUAGAAUAUAUAAAAUAUCAAGCACAGACAGUUUUUAUACAAAAAGUAUAUAAUAUGUAUUUGUUGAAUAUUGUAUCAAAAUUUUAUAGCAGUCAUGUAUAUUGAAUGUUAUCCAACUGAUCAUCUAGAUUCAACUUCAACAUUACUAAUUGAGGGUCAACAACUUCCUGAAAAAUAGGUUUAUGUAUAUAGAUUUAUAAAUGUGCAUAUAUAUUUUUUAUAAAGUAUUAAUUUAUAAAAUAAUUUAAAAUAAAUAACAUUAUACAUAA